CACAGGACGCUUGGAACUGUCAAGAAGAUCAUUAAUACGUGUUUUAAAAAAUAAAUCUUUAACCGAAUGAUAUGAAAGUUACCGCGAAGUGCAAUUACUUCAUCUGAAAAUCUCCUGUAUUUGCUUAAAAACGCUAGUGAAAUUUUAGUUUCUCAAAAAUGGGGGGAGGAGAUUUGAAUCUGAAGAAAUCAUGGCAUCCUUCCACGAUGAAAAAUAUGGAAAAAGUGUGGAAAGCGGAGCAAAUGAGCAGUCAGGAAAAGAAGAGAAUAGCAGAAUUAAAGAGGGAAAUAGAAAUGGAGAAAGACAGAGAGGAACUGAAAAAGUUUGCAAUGGACCAGGGCACGAUCGAGAAAAAAGAGGACAAAAAGCUUGACUGGAUGUACACAAAACCCAACCAAUCCAUCAAUCGCGAAGAUUAUUUAUUGGGAAAGGAAAUCGAUUCGAAUUUUGAGAAAGCCGCUCAAGCUGAAAAAGACGCGGCUCUCAAUCGAGCUCCCAAAAAUCACGUGGAACAUGAAUGUAUACCACCUUCGCUCAGGUUUUUUGCCGGGACCGAUCAUGUUGAUUUGGCGCGAAAGCAGCAAGAAGAUCCCUUAUUUUUAAUCAAGAAAAAAGAAAUGGAAACUCGAGCUCAGUUGUUGAAAAAUCCAGUAAAGAUGAAGCAAAUUAAACAAAUGUUGGAGGAAGAGAGGAAAAAGAAUGAGAAGAGGAAGAGAUCGAAGAAGCAGAAGGACGAGUUCGAAGCAGACAGUGAUAAAGAGUUGGACAAUCUGCUGGCAGCAAAGUAUAAAAAAUUGAAGAGCAGAAUCGGCGAGGAGGAUUUGAUGAAAACGAUGAAGAAAAGGAAGAAGCACGAAAGGAAACGGAGAGACGAGUCCACGGACUCGGAAAGUAGUUCAGAGAGUGAACCUGAGCAACGUGAAAAAUCGAGAAGAAAAGAUAGGAAAUCGAGAAAAAAUCGAAAUCGAGACAGUAGCGACUCUGAUAGCUCGGAGAGAGAGGCUAAGAGGAAGAAGAAGAAGAAGAAAAGGAGGGUGAGCAGCGAAUCAGAGGGAAGGUCUUCGAAUAAAAAAGAGAGAAAGGGCAGAAAACGAAGGGACGAGUCGAGUGAUUCGGAGGAAAGAACUUCAAGUAGAAAAGAGAAGAAAAGUAAAAAACGGAGGGAUGAUUAUUCGAGUGAUUCAGAUGAAACUAGGAGCAGGAGAGAUGGUAAAAAAGAGAGAAAACACAAGAAACAAAGAGAAAAAUCGGAAGAGAGUGAUUCUGAAGAUGGCGCAGAAAAAUUUAAAAUACUUGAAAGAAGAAAAAGAAGAGAUUCUGAUUCGGAUGGAAGAAGAUCGCCUCUCAGGAAUUUCGGCUUGAUGAGAGCCGAUGGAACAAAAUUGGCUCUAAAUUCAAGAAGAAUUUCUCAGGAUAGAGCGAGGGUUUCAAAGAAGAUUGACGAAAAGGAGAAGAAAUGGGUUCCACCGAAGAGGCAGCAUCUCUCUGAAGAGGAAAAGGAAAGGAGAAGAUUGGAGAUGAUGGAAAAUGCGUCUUGGCGAGAAAAGGAUCGAGAGGAAAAAGUAAGAAGACAUCGAGAAGCGGCGAAAAAGGAAGACGAGAGCAAGAAAUCGUUUAGCAAAGAUUUCUUGAGAAAACAACUGGCCGCUGUCGUCGAAUUAGAAACAGUCGAGUCGAGAGUGAAGUCAAGGAAAAAUAAUAUCCAGCGUUCGAAUCGACACAUGAGUACAAAUUUUGCAAGACGGUAGCAUUCUUCUCAAAGUCAUAUUUAAUUUUAAUUCUAUUUUUUUUUAGAAACAUAAUUGAUGAAAGGAUGAAAAUCCUGACUAUGUACAUUGUACAUAAAUUUUUUUAAUGGAUUGUAAAUAGAAUUGACUCUAGUUUCUAAAUUAUUUAUCAAUCUCUUCUACUCGAUAAACGAGCUCUUUUUUUUUAUUAUUA